UCCUAAUUGAAAUUAAUUGUUUCAUUUGUAAGUUAAAGAAAUGGCUGCUAAUGCGAAAGUAGGGAGGCAGGUCGCUGGAUGUAACUUUGUCGCAAACGAUGAGAUCUGGAAAAGCCAUGUCCAUAUGGAGUGGGCCGCAUCAAAGAAAUGGCCCCAGAACUGGGGGUUUAUGACGCAAACGUAUAAAGAGUUGUCUGCCGAUGCUGGGCCUUCGAAAAAAGAGGAAAAACCAAAAGUGGAAUUGCCAGAACAGCUCCGAUUGGCGCCUAUAACUCCAAUUGAGAAGUAUAUUAAGAUUGGAGAGUCUCCACCAUAUCCGGAUACCACGACAGGACUUGUUGGUUGGAGAUCCACUAAACCAGAUUGUAAACUUGAGAUAUAUGGGGCAUAUGCCAAAGGGAAAGGAGGCCUGGUGAAGCAGCUCAAUUGGCCCCAAGAAGGAAUUAUCUAAAUUUAAAGCCUUAAAACUUAUCAGUGUUGUUUGUCUAUGUCAUCCAUCCAAUAAUUUGCCACACCAAAAUUUUUAGAAUUUUUCUGAGAUUAUGUUGUUUUAGGUUAAUGAUUCGCAAUAAGUGUUAAAGCUCUAUUGUUACUUUGCUAAGAGAUUUAAUUGAAAUAAAAAAGUCACAAGCAGCAUUUAAACAAAGCCAUUAUUCAUUAAAAGAAACUUUUUAAAUUGUCCGUCAUUUGCGCAAUUUAUAUUAAUGUAGCAAAGUUUUAUUCACAUGUCAAUUAUUGCCGCACGUUUAAUUGCACUUCACGCUCAUCUUGCACAACCUAUGUAACUCUUCACACAACUCUUCACUCUUAUAUACUCACUCACUUCUAUGUAAUGUAUCCAAUAGA